AUGUGCAUAUCAACAACAAUUAUCGUAUUUAUAUCAUUUUUUCUAACUUUUAAAUUUCUACUACUAAUAAUAUUAGGUGGUCAACAAGAGUGCACUUGGAUAUGUGUUCCUAAUGGACAACAAAUAACAACAGACUCUGCUCCAGUUACAACUGCAGCUGGAUCUACAUUCCCUCCAAGAUUUAAUUCGACUGCCGCUGGUGCAUCAAAUAAUUCAGGAAAACUUCAAUAUUCUCAUAUAGGUCUAGCCUUUUUAACUUUUAUAGUUAUUACAAUUGUCCAUUAG